AUGUCGGAGAGCCUCGGGAAAAGGGGAAAGUGUCCGAAGGUGCAACACGAUGCAGCGAAACCGGAGGAGGUCCUGGGCCCUGAGGAAGGUCAAGGUGCGCCGGUCGAACAGGGUCAGGUGGUGUUCCCGCCGUCUUUCAGCGUCUCCGAAAUCAAGAACAAGCAGCGGCGCCAUUUCAUGUUUCUGCGCUGGAAGCAGCAGCAGAGGAAGGAAAAAUUAGCCAUCAAGAAAAAGCGAAAAAAGGAGCGAGAAGCCCUUGGAGACAAGGCACCACCAAAGCCGGUACCAAAGACUAUUGAAAACCAGCGUGUAUAUGAUGAAACCACAGUAGAUCCCAAUGAUGAAGAGGUUGCUUUGGAUGAAGCCACAGAUGAAUUUGCACCGUACUUCAAUAGACAGACGUUUCCAAAGAUCCUUAUUACAACGUCUGACAGGCCCCGAGGGAGAACUGUGAGAUUCUGUGAACAGUUAUCAGAGUGCAUUCCAAAUUCACGUGUUUACUAUCGAAGAGGACUGGCUCUUAAAAAAAUUAUUCCACAGUGUAUUUCAAGGGACUUCACAGAUCUAAUUAUUAUCAAUGAAGAUCGAAAAAUACCAAAUGGGCUUGUGUUAAGUCAUUUGCCUGAUGGUCCAACUGCUCAUUUUAAAAUGAGUAGUGUUCGCCUGCGUAAAGAAAUAAAGCGAAAAGGAAAAGCUCCCACAGAACACCAGCCUGAAGUAAUUCUGAACAACUUUACAACACGAUUAGGACAUUCUGUUGGUCGUAUGUUUGCUUCCCUCUUUCCUCACAAUCCUCAGUUUGUUGGUAGACAGGUGGCAACAUUUCACAAUCAGAGGGACUAUAUCUUUUUUAGAUUUCAUAGAUACAUCUUUAAAAAUGAGAAAAAAGUGGCAAUUCAAGAACUUGGCCCACGUUUUACCCUGAAAUUGAGGUCUCUUCAAAAAGGAACAUUUGAUUCCAAGUUCGGGGAAUAUGAAUGGAUUCACAAGCGCCGUGAAAUGGACACAAGUCGAAGAAAAUUCCACCUAUAAAAGCAUCUACAGCAAUGGAUCAGAAACAUGGAGCA